AUAACAAUAAAAUAUUUAUACUAUUAUAUAUACGUAUGGUAUUUACGAAACUCUUAUACUCGUGAUCUUAAUACAUAUAUAUUCAACUAAAAUGUCAUUAGAGGUUAAGACAAGUUACUCGACCUCCCUAACAUAGCCAAAUAAAUCACGUUUCUUAGCUUAUAAUUCAUAUUUUAACGUAAUAAUUAUAAAAUGUCUGGAAAGGAACGGGGUGUGUUUCAAUUAAUUUGGAAAAAUUUUUACGCAUCUUUGAGACCUAAUAAAAAACCUGCUUUAAUGGGUGAAGAUUUUUAUGGUACUAAGUAUUAUGAAGUAGCACCUAAAGCUGAUUCCUCUAAAAGACCAUCUCGAUAUUUUGUACCUGUUAAUAAGGAAGAUCAUGAACAGGAAAUACCUGCAGAAUGGGAAGCAUGGCUAAGGAAUCGUCGAAAAGAACCCCCAACCGAAGAAGAAGUAAUACAGAAUUAUCAAUUGGCAAUGACUAAGAAACAAAAUGCUGCACAAAUAGAAGCAAAAUAUUCCAGUACCAAAUCACAAGUACCAAGUCUGCUUGCUAAAGAAAAGAAAGGAUAUGAAUCGUUCCCACAGUAUGAAGAAUAUAAAAAUGAAGGACAAGACUAUAAAAUAAAAUAUCCAAAAUAAUAUAAAUAUGUUCAACUUAGUUUCACUUAACUAUAUCUUAGAACAUUGAAAAUUAAUAAAAUAUUUAGUAAAUA